AAUGAAGUUCUUAACAAUGCAUAUAACUAAUCAAAAUGUAAGUUUUGAUAUAUUUACAGUAGGAAUUUUACAAAAUAUCUGCAUGGCACAUGAUCUUUACUUAAUAUCCUAAUGAUUUUUGGCAUAAAAUGAAAAUCAAUACAAUGUAUUUUUGGCUAUUGCUACAAAUAUUCCCCAGCGACUUAAGACUGGUUUUGUGCUCCAGGGUCACAUAUCAAUAAGUUUAUAUCACUUGAACUGAUUCACAUAACAGGUUUUUCGAAAAUCCUGUGUAGUGACAGAUUUAUUUACGAUAUGCAAAUACUGUGAUUUUAAAACAACCCCAGCACAAAUCCACAGAAGUCCACCCAUGUAUUUUGGUACUGGGGUGCGUUUUCUCAGUGUGCAGCUCUCGCGCUCCUCCUAGUGGAUAUGGAAUUGUACGAAAUUCCCGACCCGACAUCAACCAACGCUACCGCGCAUGCGCGAACGAAAACUCCAUGAUUUUUUUUUUGGCACGGGAUCCUAAGGAAAAAUAGGAACUUGGAAACGAAGAUUAACUAAAAGCACCGUCACAAAGGCACAAUCGAGCCCUCGCUCGCGUAUGCACGCAGAAAAGACGCUUAGGAAGGCGCCGAAGCUUUGAAUGAAGCGAUCGCACGCUCCGCGGCCGAGCAGGAUUCUCGCGAAAUUGGACGACAAUGCACGGGGCGCAAUAAAACCGAGCGUUAUUGCUCUUUGUUUUUAAGCAGGACGGCUCGGAUGGUGCGCGGGGAUGAAGACGCGGGGAAGUGGCUAAAAAUCACUCGGCCUUAAUAACAGCUCCUGCAACGGCGACAUUUGCUACUCAAGUCCGUCGAGACGCUUGUUCAGUCUUUCGCCUGUGUUGUGCAGCGCGCCGAAGAAGCAGGAAACUUCGUAAACACAGAGAUUGUCAGCUUCUGGAAAGUUCCGUAGAAGCAUCCCAGUCUGUUUGAGAGCAGCGGAGAGGAUUGUGUGUCAAGACGGAUUUGUUGUUGUAUUGGGUUGUGCUUCGUUAAUGCUCCGUAAAUGUCCUCCAAAGAGUGUAUUUUACCAUUGGUGCUGACCAAGGCUGUAUAAAAAUGAAAAGGAGCUGGAUGUGUGUGAUCAGAAAAUGACGGGGGGCAGUGAGAGUGCAGCAGGAGAAAAAGAUGGAGGUACGACGCUCAUCGCUCAGAUCCCGGUUGGCUGGCAGAGGAAGGUGGAAGAUGGGGCUGUGUCUUACAUCAGCCCAAGUGGUACCAUUCUUCGAUCUGUGGAUGAGGUGAGGGUAUAUCUGCGGACAGACGGCACAUGUAAAUGUGGUCUCGAGUGCCCGCUUAUCCCAAAUAAGGUCUUUAAUUUUGACCCUGCUGCGAUGGUCCAAGCUCCUGGUCAUCAGUCAGGGAAAAUAGAGGAAGACAUGACCAAACUCUGUAACCAUCGCAGGAAAGUUGAUGCCAUGGCGGCAUUAUGCCAAAGCAUGCAGCCCUCCCAUCUCCCCCUGCCGGCUCAAGCCACAGGAGGUGUUGCAUGCUCAGUGGACGGCAGAGAGUCGAGAGGAUCAAUGGUGGCUCAUGGAGACGGCGCCCACUGCACUUACCCACAGCCAAGACACAUCCAACCCAAAUCCAAUAUUGGCUUUCCUCUGUCCUCUCCACGUUCUGUCGUGCAAAACGGUUCUGUUAGCCUCACCCCUGUUUCACGGCCUCCAGAACAGGGUUCACCUUUAAAGAAACCCCAAACGCCAGUGGGCUGCAUGCCUGGUUAUGCGAAACAGCAGUGGAGCCCUCAUCCACCGCUCCCCCAAAGGACAGUGCACAACCCCACUUCCCCUAACAGUGUAAAACCAAGUGUACACACGCAUAUACAUCCUCCAGACCCCUCCAACUCAUUUUCUUUAUCACCCUCUUCAACCAUAGCUCUAAGUGGUCGAGCAGCUCCGCCACACUCCCAGGGAGCGAGUGUUAAGUCGCCCUCUCCACUGUCACCCUCACGUACCUUGGACACUUUUUCACCCCACCAACGCUCUCGCCACUCUUCGACAUCCUCGCUCUCAGAGCACGGGGCCCAAGGGCCCAUCUUCAUUCAAGGGGGCAAACCCCAUCAGCAGUCCACCAUGCCGUGCUCGUCUCCCAAGCUUCCUCUUGCGCCUUCCAGUCCGUGUAGUCGCUUGGAGGGCAUUCUGCAGCACUACAAAGACUGUGGUACCUCUAACACAAGCUCCAGUGCUAACUCUAGCAACCAAAGCAACCAUCAGAUGUCCCAAGCCCUGUCGUUGGUGCAUCCCAACGCAGGCGACAAGAGGAACGGAGUGAGUUCUGCUCAAGCGCCAGGACUGCUUGGCCUUCCACUAGGGCAGAUUCUCAACCAGCAGAAGAGCCAGCAAAAGGGCCACAUCAAUAACUCUUUCCCGGCCAGCAGCCUCCUCUCUGCGGCCGCCAAAGCCCAGCUGGCCAACCAGAAAACCCAGCUCAAUGCAGCCGACGCGCUGGCCGCACUCCCUCUCACGGGCUUGGACAAGGAGCAGCAGUCAAAGGUAUUGAUUAGCACUUUAAACAGUAGCGUCCACUCCUCUUCCGCCAGAGCACAGUCCCUGACCGCCCUGUUGCUUCCGCACUCCCCUUCCCUUUCCCCGGCUUCCCCUGCUGUCGCUGAGAAAAACUUGCGGCGAAAACGGCAGAGGCGCUCGCCCACUGUUUUGAGCAUGCUCAAAGACUCUCAGUUAGGUCGGACUGCAGGAGAUCUCUCCGGGCCGCCUCUGCUCAUUUCCCCAUGCCUUUCGCCACCUUCUCCUCCUGUACCUCACUUAGACAACCACCGGCUGCCUGCCGCUCCUCCGAGGUUGCAGGAUUCGGAGGAAGGCAGGAAGCCAGGACUUGUUAAUUCCCUCCCACUUUCCUCUCCAUCUCCAUCCCAGCCUCUUUCCGCCCUGCUUCAGCUUCUUAGCAUGCAAAGCGCAACCCAGCAAUCCAGCGGCGCCACUGCCAUGCCUGGCAACAGGCACACAAACACAUUGCCCUCUUCACCCAGACCCAUCACUCCACAGACGCCCCAGUGCGACGUGCAGUCCACGUUACGUUUACACAACCCUACUCCGCAACCUCAACCCCAAAGCACAGUGCCCGUGCCGGAACCUCCAAUCCAGCAACCCUUUUCUUUAAUUGGUGAUGAGACAACCAUGAACCUCAAAACAACCUCCAGCAACACCAUCCUGAACUUGAGCCAGUCCCACACGGGCACGACGCCGGACCUCAACAGUUCAAUUUUGAGCAUGAUGAACCAGAUGUCCUCAACAUGCUUGCCCCCGUUCCCAGAGAAAGGUUGUGGACCCAAAACAGAGACUUGUCCUGACCACAGUACCUACCAAAUAAACCAGUCAAGCCACAGCCAAGCUGUGGAAAGUAAAGGUCCUGUAGAGGAGAUGGAUCAGCAGGACUCGGAGACAAGAUUGCUGGGUGGCUGUGAGCCCGAUCACAGCCUCUCUCUGCCCAACGCCCCCUCUUCCGAUCUUUCAAACCCCACAAAUGACCCCGCUGUUUCCCUGCCGCUUGCCGAGGCUUUUCCCUUCAUGUCCCAAGAACAGCUCCUCCAGCUUCUUUCCUCCAAUGCCGGUUUGCCUUCCCUGCUGCCGCCCUUCCUUGGCUCCCUGCCUUUAGGAGUCUGGACAGGCGGCCAGCCCUCUGUGCCCGGCGGCACCCAAGCCCAGCAACCACAGCCAGCCAGUGCCAUCCUGAACCAGGGCUCUCCUCUCAAUGUCCUGAACCAGGGUGAGCUUCCUCUCAACCUUGUGAGCCUGUUAAAUCCGCCAGGUUCUGCUGCAGCGCUGCCCCCUGUUCCAGGGGUGGAAGGCGGUGAAAAGCCUCCUGGGCUUCAAGCCCUCCUAAUGGCCUCAUUGCUGCUCGGCCAGAAUCCUGCUGCCAUGUUGCCAUUGCCAGCGCUCAACCUAGAGCUUCCUACGCCACCGCAGCAGGUCUUCACGGACGGAGUGUCCCUGGAGAAGACCCCUGGUUUGCUGGACUCGGUCCUGAUGGGGCCGGGGCUCCUGGAGGCUCUUCAAACUCUAGCGCCCAGCGCAGACGGCCAGUCGCUGCUUCUUUCCGCCCCUCUCACUCCACCCCCUCCCGCCUUCCUGUCCCUCAACCCCGCUCUGCUGGCCGCAGCUCUCGCCCAGACCGAACCCCUACCCAACCACACGCCAUCCCCCCCGCCUCAUUCUCAGGGGACUCUGUCCAGCCCUGCUCUAGUUUCUACCUCGGUGUCCUGCGGCCCUCUGGUGUCCGGUACGGGGCCGGAAGUGUGUGACCCCCUGGCUGAGCAGGACAAGAACAACACCCAGACACCUCAUUUCCUGCCGCCUCUACUCGCCCCUGGGGUUCUUGGUGACCUCACAGCUCUGGGUAACAUCAACAGUCUUCAUGGUUUAUUAGGAGCCGCUCCGCUGCUGCUGCCGCAGGGCCCGUCUCUGAGCGUCCCGCUAACGCAGAACCAAACGGCGCUCAACCCGCUCACCUGCCUGCAGCUGACGAUGGCGCCGGCGCUCAUGGGAGAGAAGCCUGUGUCUCUGCAUGAGACGCCUCCGUCACAAGAUCAACUUCCUUCGGCUUCGAUAUCCCAGGAUUCCCUGCUCAACCCGGUCCAGACGCCCGUGCAGCAGAGAGAGACAUCCACGGGCUCCGGUCCAGGACUGUUUGACCCGUACGGCUCCUUCAUGGACACCAUCUACACCUCCUUCCUGCAGGUCAGCGAGCGUGGGGCCGAGGGCGGCUCCGAUUCGACCCCGCUGUCGUACCCCGAGCUGCCACCUCUCCUCCAGCAGACCAGCGCCCCGCCGUCCCUCAGCCCGCGCCGCGCCUGUUCCGUCCACAACCCGGACCUGUCCCGCCUCGGCAUGGACACGGCCCAGUCUCCGGCCCGCGGGACGCCCAAACUCAGCGAGGACCCGUCGACGCCGCCGCCCUGCAAACCGGCGGGAGCCGACGCCCUGUCCGACGCCCCGCUGCACCCCGCAUUCAUGGAGGAAGCCAAGACAGAUGGUUCGGCUAAAGUGUGCGUCUACAGCAACGGGAUCAGUUCAGGUGCCGAUGGACGGGGAAACAAUGAUGAGGAUGAGGAAGAGGAGGAAGAGGAUGGACGAGGGCCGCAGGGAUAUUUGGGUCCAGGUGAGCGGCUCAGAGAGGCGGCUGAGGACAUCAGAGAUGCAGAGCAAGUCAGGGUUGAUGAUGUGCACACGGGAGCCAGAAGGGGGCGCAAGAGGAAACAGUCGCUGCAGAGAGGAGCGGACCUGCCGGGCGGCAUCGACAGCAUCAUCGAGGAGCCGACGAUAGCGCUGUCCAGACCCGCACGGCCCACCAGAGGGAAGAGACGCCGCGUCGUCCGAUAGGUCCGACCGUACUUUCCCGCCAACACCAGCACUGUUGCCACGGCAACACCGUCUGAGCCGCACUGUGAAGAGUCUCCGUGAUUCGCUCCUCCGUCUGUUUGUGUCUGUUCACCUUCUGUUACCACGGAUACGACUGAUGUUACAUUGUUACAUUUACAAACAGUUACCAGGCUACGAAUGAUAACUAUUGUUAAGUUGUUGCGGUUCAGUUAAGGAAUAGUUAUUGUUUGUUAACUCAGUUACUUUUGCUUCUUGUUUCAUGAUUGAGGUCCAGUGUGAUUGACAGCUCUGCUUUAAAGGAACAGUUCAGACAAAAAUGAACAGGCCAUCCAAGAUGAGGAUGAGUUUGUUUCUUCAUCAUACUUGGAGAAAUGUGCCAUUCCAGCACUGUCUCACCAAUGGAUGUGAAUGGGUGCCGUCAGAAUGAGAGUCCAAACAGCUGAUAACAACAUCCACAAGUAAUCCACACCACUCCAGUCCAUCAGUUCACAUCCUGAGAAGACAAAACCUGAAAUAAAUCCAUCAUUAAAACAUUUUUGUCUCAAAUGCGAGUCCAUAAUCUAUAAUAACGCUGUUUCUUCUUAAGAUGUUAUUAUUGUGGUGUUUUUAUCAGCUGUUUGGACUGUCAUUCUGACGGCACCCAUUCACUGCAUGUGAUGGAGUGAUGCAUUUUUCUGUCUUCAGAUGCACAUAUAUGUGUCUGAAAAUCCCUCGCACACUAAAUCUGUCCCGUCCUUGAACCAAACGACAAACGUUAUGAUUUAACUACCCAUAAUGCACCUCAUGAACCGUUUUCAGCCCCAGACUUGUUCACUAGUUUUGUCAGUAAUGUCGCCCUGUAGUGACAAUGAGUUUCACUCCAAAUGUGUCCGAUCAACCAGACCAAGUCUCACUCAUCACUCUGUGUUUUGUCUUUGCAGGGCCGUAUAUGUGUGUGUGUGUGUGUGUGUGCGCGCGUGCGUUACAGGCGUGUAUCUGUAGGUUUUAGGGGCUUUCGUCAUGGAUCUGCACAGAGCUCAUCAACACAGGCACAAGAAUAUUACUGAAUAUUUAAAAUAAUGAUUUAAUAAUGAGGCUGAUUAUGCAAUUUUACUAUUGAAUUUAUGUAUAUAUGUACAGUUUUAGUAUUUUAUUUUGUACACCUUUUUUAGGAAAAAAAUGAUCAAUUUGUAAAAUAUUUCUCCUGCAGAGAAACCUUUCCUUUCUCAUAUUCAUGUUUGAUUUGUAAAGAAAAUACUUUGACAAUUUGUGAACAAGUAGCGUCUCCUUUUUACUGGGAGCUGAUUUUUUUUUUUUAAUUUAACAAAUUAAAACAUUUUAAAUGAUCAACUUCUUUUCUGAUCAUUUCAUGUCACUGUUUUGACCAUGCAUUUUGUGAAAACAGCAUUUUGAAGCAGAUUCACAGAAAUCUAAAAUUGAAAUAUGCUUCACAUAAAGUUGCCCGUUCACCCAAAAAUUAAAAUUCAUUCACGUACCAUGAAAUUGAUUUUUAUAAGUUUUUAUAAGAAUUUUUUUUUUUUUUAAACUCUCAUUUUAUGGACAAUUUUUUCCCACUAAUAUUUUACAUUAUUUUACUAACACUUCAGAAAACUGUCCCAUUUGUGAACUAGCGCUAUAUAUCACUUUUUAUCAUUCUAACUUUUAACUAAUAAAAAAAAUCAUUUAUUCAUGUUCA